UUAUUUUUUGUCGCGAUCACGUGGUCUCCCCUACUACCACUCAACAACGUUAGAGUGGCGCAAUGUGUUCAGUUGUAGUUCAUCUUUCGUGUUGAGUACUCUAUCUUUUUUGUUUGCCGGCAACAUUCUUAUUCUUUUUUCUUCCAUUGAAGUUGUUCACAACAUUACUUUCCUAUCAAGUCAACAGUCGUUUUAUCGACGAAAAAAAUGCCUUAUCGUUGUAAAUUGCGAUUGCUUAGUAGAACUUGUUUCGCCUUUAGAAACUCGUGUGCCGAGAAAACCAACACGCAUUUCGCUACGAGCACACCCGGCAGAAAUUUCUCUACUAGUGGCGCAGUCGACAUGAGGUUCGUUCAAUUCACCAACAAAAAUGGCGGACCACAGCAUUUGGGCGUACAACUUGUUCAGGGUGGUGACAUAAUUGCCGUUUCUGCAGUGGAUUCACGGAUCCCGAACACGUUGAAGAAAUUCCUAGAGGGUGGUGACGACCUGUUGAAAAAGGCUAAAAGGGAAGACGAAGUGAGCCUGUUGACCAUGGCAGAGAGAAUAGUUGCACAAGGACGCAGCGUAAUACCAGAAGCGGAUGUGAACUUUUUGGCGCCGGUUACUCGGAUGGACAAGUUGGCUUGCGUUGGUCUGAAUUAUAUUGGCCACUGUAAGGAGCAAGGAGUGUCGCCGCCGGAGUCGCCAGUUAUCUUCAGCAAAUUCCCUAGCAAUAUCAUCGGGCCGCGUGACAACAUCAUACUUCCAUCGAUCUCGGAAAAAGUCGAUUGGGAAGCUGAGCUCGCGAUAGUGAUCGGCAAAAGGUGCAAGGCGUUGAACAACGACGAGGGAGAAGACUGUAUUUUCGGUUAUACAGUGGCGCAGGAUAUCACAGCGCGUGACUGGCAAAAAUCGAAGAGAAAUGGUGGUCAGUUUCUACUGGGAAAAAGCAUGGACACAUUCUGUCCAUUAGGACCAGCCGUUGUUAUCAAGGAAGCCAUUUGUGAUAUCAACAAUCUUCCCGUGAAGUCGUGGGUGAAUGGAAACAUCAAACAAGAAGGCAACACCAGCGAGUUGAUCUUUAAGCCUCAUGAAAUUGUCGCCUACAUUUCACAGUUUAUGACUCUAUUACCGGGAGACGUAAUUCUAACAGGCACGCCAGCUGGCGUAGGAUUUACUCGUAAACCACCCGAAUACUUACAGCGUGGAGACGUGUUAGAGACGGAAAUAGAAGGUCUGGGUCGCUUGAGAAACAAGGUUCUCUGAUCUGGCGAGUAGGAUAUGCUCGUAGAAAACGUAUGGAAACAAUUCGUACCGAGGAAAGCUAAACAUACGUUACAGGAACGAAACCAACAUGGCAACAUUAUCGUUAAGUUAUGAUCUGUUCUAAAUCGGUUCAACGCACGAUAACACGAAGAGAACGGUACGAUUCGAGACACAAAAAACGCAGCAAGUCAAUUUAAAAAUUGAUAA